GGAGUGGCGGGGGUUCAAUGUAUUUGCCGGCUUCAUCUGCAGAAAAGCAGCGCCGUGUGACCUCUCCACAGUGACCACGCAAGGUAGACGCCCAAGUGUUUUUUUUGUAUAGUUGAAGAAGAAUAGUGAAUAUCAAGAACAAAAACUCUACGCUCGUUGGAAAGGAGGAUGUGAACUAUGAAUACUAAUCCUCCCGUGUGUCCACACGAAACUCAUGUGGUGUGUGCGUAGUGUGCUCUGAAGCUGUGUCGCGUUGAUGUGCGUGUUUUGUACCAACAAUCUUUCGCUGUGCUCGUGCUCUACGGAUUGUCCUCUCCACGGAAGAACCAGCUGAAAAACGGUCCAAAAUCGUUCUCGGAAGCAGCAGAUGAGGCGUGUUGUUCGUUCGAAUGUCUAGCGGAUGCAGUUGUUUUGUAAUUUUUCGUAGAUUUCAGUUGAAUCAAAGUAUAGUACGAGCCUGUGUUCCGAACGUAGAAAACCAACGGAUGAUAUCACCGAAUGGUCUAACGCAACGAUAAGGGGAUCAGAUCAUGCGGUACAUGUAAAGCCGGUGCACCAGGCCAAAAACGCAAUUAAACCGGUGGUGGCGAAAGAGAACGAGGCGCGGUCACAGAACUCGUGCCGGACAAUUUACAUAACAUUCACGCUGCUACCGAUAGUAGGCUGCUGUGUCGCCUGCCUCCAAAUUGGUCCUUCGUAUCCUGCAUCCUGCAUCUGGAGCUGCUGCUGAUUCAUCCACCAACAUCAGCAGCAUCGCUGCGUUCGUGUAUUUGUGUGAUUCGACGUUAUCCUGUGGAAGAGUGUGCGUGUUCCAGCGAACAAGAGAAAACGUGGUUGCAGAGAGAGCCAGAGGCCACCCAUCCCCAUCGCGACCAAGACGACGACGACGACGACGACGCGAUUAUUACGUUGAACUGCGAGAGCCGCUGCACCGAAAUGCCUUCCCUGCAACAGACGACAACCUACGAGGACUUUGCCAGCUCAGACAUUGCCAGAUCACUGACGGGACCGGAUAUUUUGCAAAAACAUUCCAUCAACUCAUUGCUGCUGGAAAACAAUGAGAUCAUCAUUGAAGACAAUAUGUCCAUGACGGAUUUGCUAGGCGGAGGGUCUCAAGCAUCUUCCCCGACGUCGGUCACGUCCUCGCUGAUGACGAGCUCUUCGUCUGGUUCGUCGAUGAAAAACGGAACUGCUGCUCAUCCAAAUCAUCAGUUGCUUCAACCGCCACCACUGCAAGGUACAGGUCACCAUGCGAACUCACACCAUCUGCACCUGAAUACCCAUCAUCAUCAUCCCACCUUGGGGUCAUUUUCGUCAAUCAACUCGCUGGGCGGUGGAGGUGGCGGGAACGAUGACAGUCCGAGCAGCAUCCUGAGCUCAAUCGGUUUCAGUGGCGGAAUUGGCAGUGGCAUCACCACCACCACCGGUUCCAACACGUCUGGCAGUGGCAUCUCCACCGCCAAUCCGUUCAACUUCGGUAGUCUGCGGAUUCAAAGUCCGUCGCUGAAUUCGCCGGAUCUGGCGGGUGGUGCGGCUGGGUUACUUGGAGUAGGGAUUGGUAUCGGCAGAGAUACUGGCAGCAGCGCCAGUAGCAGUAGUAGCAGCAGCAGCAGCAGUAGCGGAGUGAGCUGUGGAGGGGCUGGCAGUGGUAGCGAUCAGUCCCCAACAGCUCACGCCUUCUACUCGCCGCCCGGAGGAGGAACUGUUGUUGGCGGAAUCAGAUCGCACGGAAGCGAGGAAGUAUGUAUCAACGGCAGCACUGGAUGCUACGACGAGUUUCGGUUCGAUAAUGAUCUGAUGAUAGGAUGCGGUGGUGGUGUCGGCAGCGGCGUCGGUGAAACGAUGACAAAACUCAGACGACGAAACAUUAGUUUCGAUUGUUCAUCACCGACAACUGGCAGUUCCAGCUCUGGCACAGGGACACCUCCAUCCUUAACUCUAAAUACCAGAAACAUUCGCAAUCAAACCUAUAACCAGCUGUUGUUGCAGCAACAACAGCAACAACAGCAGCAUCAACAGCAACAACAGUAUGACCAGAAUAGCGUCGCUGGCACUGGUUCCAUCGAAGGCUGUGAUGGUUUUGACCGAAGCCCAAAUACGGGUGGAAAUGGUGUUGCUAAUAAUAGUUCCUUGGCGUUGUUUGCCAAUGCCAAUAAGCCACUUUCCCGCCCGCAAUCACCACUUAGCUUCGACAGCAAAUGCUUAAUAAAUAUGCUAAACAUGCUUACUCUCAAUCAGAGUAACGUGUCCCAGAACAAUCUUGCUGCCCAGGUUGAGCAGCAGCAUCAAAACAGCAACCAGCAGCAGUAUCAGAACCAAUUCAACCCGUACUCUAAUCACGGUUCCCUGCAACAUCAACAACCGAUGGCGUCUGGAUCCAAUUUUGGAAGUGUUGGUGGUGGCAAUGGUUGCAAUGGUGGAAACGGUGGCUUGACCAAUGUAGGGAACGGAUUCAUCACCGAUUCCUGCCGUUCGUUCAACAACCUGCAAGCCAUACUGCAGCAGUGCAAUCAGCUAAACCAGUCCGUGCAUACGACAGCGACUAACAACAAUGCCUAUGGUAGCGGUGGUAGUAACGUGAAUCAGUCUAAUGCUGGUACGAACAGUGGCAGCACUUCCGCUAGAAGCAGUAUGGGUUUGCGAGGUUGGUCUGCCCAGCAACAACAUCAGCCGCAACUAUCACAGAGACAAGGCUCAACAUCUCCUUUGGCUAACUGUUCUCCCGGAGGAAAUGGUUAUGCAGAUGUAAACCUCGAUCGGAUUGCACGAUAUCAUCGAUCGUCUGCCGCACACUUUGACGCCACUUGCACUUGGAGCGGUGUUUUGCCUCCUCGUUCGAACCGAACCGUUACAUACUCAUGUAAGAUCUUUCUCGGUGGAAUGCCGUGGGACAUCAGCGAACAAUCUUUGUUGCAGAUUUUCAAACCAUACGGUUCCAUAAAAGUUGAAUGGCCGGGCAAGGAACAGCAAGCGACACAACCGAAAGGUUACGUUUACAUCAUCUUUGAAUCGGACAAGCAGGUGAAAGCAUUGCUACAAUCUUGUACCUUUACGACUCCUGGUGGUGGAAACGGCGGCAUGGCAAGCAACAAUUACGGUUCCAACCGUACGCUAAACAGUGCUUCAUCUACCAGUUCGCUCAAUAAUUACGCCACGAUAUGUGACGAUUCGUCGUCCUCGCAACAACAGCUGGUGUCGAUGUCUAGUAUGAACAAGCUUGUAGCACCGCGAGGAGCACGGAUUAACUUCAAGAUUUCCUCCAAGCGUAUCAAAUCGAAAGACGUGGAAGUGAUUCCGUGGAACAUUGCGGACUCGAACUACGUUAAGUCGGCCUCUCAAAAGCUCGACCCUGCCAAGACGGUAUUCGUCGGGGCGCUCCAUGGUCAACUCACGGCAGAAGGAUUGGCAAAAAUCAUGAACGAUCUGUUUGAUGGUGUUGUGUACGUAGGAAUUGAUACGGAUAAGUACAAGUACCCGCUGGGGUCGGCCCGAGUUACGUUCAACAAUUCCCGCUCCUACAUGAAGGCGGUUGUGGCUGCCUUUAUCGAAAUACGUACCGCCAAGUUCACCAAGAAGCUGCAAGUGGAUCCCUACCUCGAAGACGCCCUGUGCUCAGUGUGCUCGGUACAACACGGACCAUACUUUUGUCGUGAAAUCAUGUGCUUCAGAUAUUUCUGCCGUUCGUGUUGGCAGUUCCAACAUAACCGGGAAGCGCAGCUACAGAACCAUAAGCCACUGACGAGAAAUUCGAAAUCGACCACGAUUAUCGGUGUUGGACCACAAUCAUCGCACGCAGCAAACAAUCAUUCACAUCUCCAGCAGAACAACUCUUUCGAUCAUGGCAACUACCAUAACGGUGGCCAUCAGCAUCAUUUUCAUAAUGGUGGCGGCGGCGGCGGCGGCGGCGGCGGCAACGGCGGCAACGGCGGCACGGUAGGUCAUCAGUCGAAUUCAACACUCGCAUCGCACAACCAAUAUCAUCCCGCGAACAACCAUCAUCAUCACCAUGGUUCUGGUUUCUAUGGAAAUGCGGGAAAUGGUGGUAGUGGGGGAUAUUUCGGACACCAUCAACCGUAUCAAUCGCAACAACAACAGGCUGGCCGUUUGAGUAUGUUGCAGCAGCGUUAUCGUGAUUCAAUGAAAUCACCUUCUCCUUUAUGCAAUGGACUCGGCAGUAGUACAGGAGACAACAAUGGCGCCAGCAGCAGCCCGAUUACCGUCAACAGCCUAACCUCGGCUAGCAUUCACAACGGUAAUGCUGCUAAUCUAAAGACAUGUGCCAGCAGUUCAGGAGCUGACGCCAGUGAUAUAUGCUAAAUCUGCUGCAU